AUGUCUUUUUGGUGGUAUUCAUAUUUUAUAAGAUGUUUGUGGACGGCUUAUGUCAUACCAUUGGCCAUCAUUUGCAAUGCAAAUAUAAAAACUGAAAAACUAUAUAUCGCCGGUUUUUUCCCGACCAGUAAUGACAUAAUUGAGGGCUCAAUAGGUAGAGGAGUGUUACCCGCAGUAAAGUUAGCGUUGAAUCACAUUAAUAGCAGUCCUGUUAUGAAUCGUGGCUAUGAUCUCGACAUCGUUUGGAACAACACUAAGUGUGAUGCAGCUCAGGGAAUGAAGGAGUUCUUCAAUAUGCUAUACUUCCCGCCCAUUAAAGUAUUGCUCUUUGGAGAUGCCUGUCCUGUUGUCACCGAUCCCAUUGCUAAAGCAUCAAAGUUUUUCAAUUUAAUCCAGUUGACAUAUGCGGACAAAUUCACAGCAUUGACGCCAAACUUUUUUCGUAUCGUUCCGAGUGAAGCGGCCUUUAAUCCGGCUCGAGUUUCACUACUAAAGCACUUCAAUUGGACAAGAGUUGGGACAAUCUAUCAAAACUCUCCUCAAUAUAGUCUCCCGCACAGCAAAUUAUUGGCAGAUCUGGACAGAGCUAACAUCGAUAUAGUCUCCUCACAGAGCAUUGCAGAUGAACUCAAACCAGAUAACUAUUUACAAAAAUUUAAGAUCAACGACGUCCGUAUCAUUUUAGGAAAUUUUGGUGAAGAGUGGGGACAAAAAAUAUUUUGUCAGGCUUAUAGGGAUGGUCUAUAUGGUCGUCGAUACCAAUGGAUUGUUUCGGGUCUUUAUGAGGAUAAGUGGUGGCAAAAUGUCCAUCACUUGGACUGCAGUGAGAAAGAGCUGAUGACAGCAUUGGAUGGCUAUAUCUCCACUGAUGUUCUUCCGUUGACGAGCUCUCAAACUACUGACUUUGGACUCACAACCUAUGAAUAUGAAGCCGAAUACUCGCGAAUGAGAAAACAAGAGUACAGUCGAUAUCAUGGGUACGCCUACGACGGCAUUUGGGCCAUAGCUUUGGCCAUCCGAUCGGUUCACGAAAAACUCAAAUCAAUGAAGUCUGGACUUACUCUUAAAGACUUUACAUAUAGAGAACCAUUUUGGGCUCAACUCUUUAGAGAAGCUCUUAAUGAAACACAAUUCAAUGGCGUCACUGGUCGGGUCUCGUUUGAUAAGAAUGAACGCCGCGGUGUUAUACUUCUCAAACAAUUUCAAGGCCAUACUGAGCACAAAAUUGGCGAAUAUUUAUCAUAUAGUGAAUCACUUGAAUUUAAAGAUUCGCCAAUUUCUUGGAGAGGGAGUUUGACGCCUCCUCGAGACAGCACAACAUUUACAUUAUCGCCGUCCAGAAUCAGUAUUACAUUAUUUAUUAUAAUCUCAGUGUUGGCUAUAAUGGGUAUAGUGUUGGCCGGAGUCUUCCUCGCCAUGAAUAUUAAAUAUAGAAAUCAACGAUACAUAAAGAUGUCGAGUCCUUAUUUGAAUAAUCUUAUAAUAAUCGGAUGCAUUCUCACCUAUACGAGUGUUAUAUUACUUGGAUUAGACAGUAACCUAACUAAUGAAUCAAUUUUUCCAUAUAUUUGUGCUGCGCGAGCGUGGGUUUUAAUGUCUGGCUUUACACUUGCAUUUGGAAGUAUGUUUAGUAAAACAUGGAGAGUACACGCAAUCUUUACAAAUAUUAAACUCAAUAAAAAAUUGAUUAAAGAUUACAAAUUGUUUAUGGUGGUCGGUGUAUUGGUUUUCAUAGAUGUGGCCACACUAACCACUUGGCAAAUAGUCGAUCCAUUUUAUAGAGUCACCCAAAACGGAACGGCAGAGCAAUCGCCACAAAACGAGGAUAUUUGGGUAAUCCCUGAGAUGGAGUACUGCCAAAGCAAGAGAAUGACUAUAUUUUUGGGAUCAAUAUAUGUAUACAAAGGUUUAUUAAUGGCAUUUGGCAUAUUUUUGGCCUGGGAGACCAGGCAUGUUAGUAUACCAGCACUUAAUGACUCUAAAUAUAUCGGAAUGAGUGUCUAUAACGUUGUGAUAAUGUGCGUUAUCGGCGCCGGUCUAUCAUUUGUAUUACGUGACCAACAAGACGCCGCUUUUGUUAUAAUAUCUAUUUUCAUCAUAUUUUGUUCGACAGCCACCUUGUGUUUGGUGUUCGUCCCUAAGUUAAUUGAACUCAAAAGAAAUCCAAUGGCUGGUGACAGAAGAGUGAGGGCUACUCUUAAGCCAUUUAAGAAGUCUCGUCGAGAUUCUGACGAAAUGGAAGUUCACCACAGAAUCAAAGCGGUCACUGAAGAUAACUUCAGAUUUAGACAACGACUUAAAGAAAAAGCCUAUGAGUUAGAAGCCCUUACGUUUCGCUUUCGGGGAUUAGAGGAAUCGUCACUCGUUAUUACCAAAGCUGAUACACAACUCAUCGGUAGUAUUGUCACUAAUGUCGAUAUAGGUCUCGAAAAUGUUAUUAUUAUCGAUAAGGAUAAACAGUUAUGUGAAGACAAACAAAAUGAUAAGGAAUGCCAAAAAUGGAGUCAUUAUGAUAGCAUUAAAGUGACGUCAGUUUCGGCCUCGUCUUCAAUUUCUUUGUCGCCAAAUGUAGUAUUAGACCAUAAGAUGCCUUUACCUCAACCAAAAUCAUGUCAUCAAAUGAUUGAGCAAAGAGUUGAUAAAGUUAUGAAUGUCUGUGAAGUAAAGCAGAGCUCAUCUGAGUUACUAUCACUUCGAGCUCUGUCUCUAAUAGACAAACAACAGACUAAUAGCAAUAAUACUCGAAUCAAGUUCUCAAGCAAUACAUCACAAAACAACAGCGAUAAGAGCACUGAGAGCUCAGUUAAUAGUAGUAUUAGUUAUAAACAAUCAGACUUUUUAUCUGCCGUUAGUGUAGAGGAACAGUAUAUACAAAUUGAGUCCAAUUCUAGAGACUUGACUGCUCUUGAGUCAGAAGACACCUCUUAUGCCAAAGCAAUCAGAUUGACAUCUCAUAAAUAUAACAAUAAUGACUUCUCCUCCUAUGAUGAUGAAGACAACUAUCACUACGAACAGAGCCAACAAAAAGGCCUUCAAUUGAUGAAUCGUAAUAUAAGAAGAAGAGCCCAUAGUUUAGGAGGACUACAGACUAAUAUCGGCGAAUCGGUGUCAUUCCUGUCGAAGGCAUCGGUCGAUGCACUGAAUGUGACACCAAAUGCCGGUUCCAAUUAUGACAGGAGUGCCCUAAACAUUGAAAGCACUUUUAUUAGAUUAUUUCCAUACCUUAACCGCAACAAUGAACAAAACAUAUUAAGAACUGGCUCUUCAUGUCCUCACGUGACUGUCAGAUGUGAUAUCGUUGAAUAUCUCUAAUUUAGUAUCAUUACAACCAUUACAACCAUUACAACCAUUACAACCAUUACAACCAUUACAAACAUUACAAACAUUACAAAAAUUAUAUCCAUUACAACC